CGCUGCUGCUGCUGCUGCUCCUCCUCUUGCUGCUGCUGUUGCUGCUGCCGGGUUUUCUCCUGCGUGAGGGUCUCCCUCCUUCUCUGCCUGCAUCCUUCCCGGCUGCGCUUCUACAGCCUCCUCCUCCCCCUAGUUUGUUUGCAGCGUGCUAUCUCUCCUUUUUUCCUAUUCGCCAGUUGACGGGUGCAGAAAAACGGAGGGCCGUCCUGGUCUCGGCGCUGCCGGGACCGGCUCCAUUCGGACCCGGUCAGGGGCUGGCAGCGGCUGCUUUGAAGAGCUUGCGGGUCCGCAGACUGGAGUUGUCGUACCAGAGGCCGCCGCUGGGGGCGUGGCAACGCAAGACCGAAACAGGCAGAGCGCCACCCCCCCCCCCCCCCGCCCCUCCGGCCACCGGUCUGCAACUGGCUUGCAGUCCUGGAAGAGACGUCUCUCAAAGCUAUAAAUCACUUCAGCAUCAGAACAACCUACAGAGACUGCAAGGGCAAAAACUGCAGAGCGUUAUUGAUGAAAAGAACCUCGGCAAAGAGCUAAAUAGACGACCUCUUAAGAUGGUGGUCAAGAUCUAAUGAAGAAGAUCCAAAGCUGCAGCACUGAUGCAUUGGUGUGAGACCGCAAAUGGAGUGUAGAAAAUUUCCUCCAUGCCUGCCCUACAGGUGAUUCUGGAACAUCACACAAGCUUCUACGCUGUUCUUCAUGGAAAAGUGGUACAACUGACUCAUGUGGCCCUGUGAGUUUUUCAAAACAAGAGUCAUUUAGGGCUACACAGAUAAAUAAGGUUUGGAAAUGCAACCAAAAGAAAGUGUAGUCACAAAGAGAGUGCAAGCGGGGAAAAACUUCCUAGGAACUGGACAGCACACUGAUUAGGGCCUAUGCACUGCUUCCUCAUUGAAAUUGUGUGACCGCAAGGGGAAAUGCAGCUGUGGGACUGAGCAGCAGUUUUCACUGCAGAUGCCAGAAUCCUGAGAGAACUAAUUUCUUCACCCUUUACCUUCACUGUUGUCUUUGUCUAUCAUGGGACCUGAUAGUGGUUUCCUGAGCUCUGGGCUACUUCAUGUCAUCAUAUGGGGAGGUUUGGCAGCCCUGACCAUGCUCCUGAUUUUCAGUUUUCUCAUCUUUUUAUGCUCUAGUUGUGACAGGGAGAAGAGACCCAGGCAACAGAAUGGAGACCAUGAAAAUCUGAUGAAUGUGCCUUCAGAUAAAGAGGCGUUCAGCCAUUCUGUUACAAGUCUGACUACAGACCCACUUGCCAGCAGUGAACAAAAUGGUGGACUCAGUAGUGGAGAUGUCCUUUCAGAAGAUAGCACAACUGCUUGCAUCCAGCCUUAUGAAGAAGUGCAAACUUCUGUUACUGAUCUGUUGGAUCAGCAGGACAGUCUGGGAAGGUCACUAAAAUAUCAUCAAAGCAGGGAGUUGCCCAGAAUUCCUCCAAAUAAUGCCAUGGAAACUGUGCUGUCAACCAGAAAUACAGAAAAUGAUCAUGUUCUAGCAAUGGAGGGGCCCUAUGAGGUACUGAAAGACAGUUCCUCCCAAGAAAACAUAGUUGAGGACUGCUUGUAUGAAACAGUGAAGGAGAUUAAGGAGCUGGGAACAGCUGCUAACUCAGACAAGAACUGCAAUAUCAAACCCAAAGCUACAGUGAUGGUUAAUGGAAAUAUUGAUCAUGUCCCUGAACGCAAGAUUGAAUCAGCUGAAUAUGCAUCUGUUGACCGAAAUAAAAAGAGCCGUCAGAGUGCUAAUUCAGAGGGUCCUCUUAGCCACACUCCAGACACGGAGGCUGAAGCUCCACCUCCAGUACCUGUGAAGCUCCUAGAUGAAAAUGAGAAUGUCCAGGAGAAGGGAGCCAAAGUGGAGGAAGAGGUGGCAAAUGGCCCCAGUGAACCUGACAAGAGGCUUAGUUCACUGUCUUACAAAUCCCGAGAAGAAGACCCAUCUCUUACAGAAGAUGAGAUUUCAGCAAUGUACUCUUCUGUAAAUAAGCCAGGGCAGGCCACCAAACAGCUGGAGUCCACAUACACUUGUAUCCCUGAAAUUGUACCUCAGAAAUCACCAUCUAUUUGCAGUGGCCUGUAUGCCAGCGUGAAGGACUUGGAAAAUGCUCCAAACUUUGUCUCCAUACCUCACUCAUCAGACAGACUAAAUGGGGAGUUGGAAUCGGACUAUGAAGCAAUUCAGACUCUCAGUCAUGAGGAAGACAGAAGUGUUUUGGUGCCUAAUACCAGCCAAUCAGAUCUCCCACAAGAAAAUGAUUAUGAGAGCAUCGGGGACUUGCAGCAGAACAAAGAUGUCACCAGGCUUUAGCUGCUCUUGAUAUGAGGCCACUUAUUGGCACUUGUCUUAUUGGCACUUGUUUCAGGAGGUUGAAGGGUGAUCCACUCCAUGUCUCGUGACUAUGUAAUGUAACUCUGAACUGAGGCACUGAAAAAAAGGGUUUUCUGUUUGUCUGAGGUGAUGUCAGAUGGUAUAAGAGCUUUGUCUACAGUGUUUGACCUGUGAUGGCUGUUUCACAUGUUCAACCCAUCUUCUAUAUGUGAGCUCACCUUGUGAAGCAUUUCCUCCUCUUAAAGACAGAAAGAGAGAUGAGGAAAGGCCGAGUAGAAGUCCCAAGAUAAAAAGAGAGUCUGUAUAUGUUUUGCCAAGAUGUGUGAAUAUUGUUUGGCUGGUCUUGUAGAUGAUGGUCACCUCAAGUUGCGAUUAUUGAAAAUGAAAGCUGAAGGUACUUGAAAAGGCUUCCUUAGAGAGAGCCAGUAAUUAGUGCCAUCUAUGUCACCGGCCAAAAUAUAUACAUAGGGAGAGGGAGCCUGCUGAUAAAAAAAAGCAGGUUUUUAUUCAAAAUAUUAUUUUGUCACUCACUUCAAAAUCUUUACUUAAUUGUACUUUUCAAGUUACAGAUACCUUCAGAUGGAUUCUCACAAACAUUUAGCUGUUCCAUAAAGUUUGUGAAAGUUGGCGUGUAAAGGCUCACCCAGCACACAUACAGGUACUCUCACCAAGGGUUGUUGGUUUGCAAUUCCAUGCCUAGAGUAACACAUUACCAAAAAAAAAGCUGUGGAAGCUUUGGGUAUUACAAAUGUAAUAUGAAAAGCUGACUGCAAUGUCAUACUUCAGCUUCCAUCUUCCUCUGCAGAGUACAUAAACACAGCCAUUUAACAAAAAGGUGUUUGUGGAAAUUUGUGAGGGAUUACAGUCUGAUAUGGUAAAAAGUGAUAUGCUGACUUGUUUACUUAGUUGUGGUCUAGGGAACAGUACUUUCAUUGCAAAGUGAUCGAUUGCAACAGUGUCUUGUAGAAUUCAUUUUUAAUAGAAUAUUAUUAUCUCUUAGCAUUUAGAACACACAAAUUUCCUACUUUGAGGCUACAUUCCUCAUGGUAUAAAAGUUAGGAUUUCAUGUGGAUACUCCCAAUAACUUGUCUGAAUGUUGAUGAUAUUUAAUAAUAUAUUAACACUCCAAAUAGGCAUCUGGUAUACAGACCAUUACAGACUGGUAUAAAAAUUGGAAUUUCCAGUGGUGGCCACAUUGGUAGAUCACACCAAAGUCUUCAAUAGUGAAAUCUAAAGCGGGGGUGAGUAGUCAGCUGUCAGAUGGAAAUUAAUGCACACAGUUGAAAAUAUAAUCCUAACAGACACAAAAGCUGCUCUCAGCCACCUACAAUUUCAUCAUCCUUAGAACUGUUCUUAACAGCCCAAUCUUUUUUUGUUUUGCUCCAGCACAUUUGCCUCCUUUGCUAAUGCAGAGGGCAAAGGCAUCAGCCUGGCCACCCCACAACUUUGUGACUGUGAAACCCAGAAGUUGGUACUGCUCCGGAGCUAUGCUGGCAUCUGUGUGCAUGCCAGUGCAAAAGGGUGGGGCAAUCCUGGGGUGCAGCUGGCUUGUAGUUGGCCUUCCACCCAGGCUUUCACACCAGAAGUACUUUGGUUAGAGCCUUGGAGUUACACCACCCUUUGGCUAACUCCAUUUAGCCUUAUGGAGGGUUGUCAGGUGGCCAGGAAUGGGGGAAGGGGUUUUUCUGCACUGUCUGAAAGCCCUCUGGAGGCAGUAGCAGCACCAUCCCUGGAUGCCAGAGGCUUGCAGAUUGGGCUGUAAGCAAUAUAAUAAGGUAAGGCUUCAGGCAGUUUUGAACUUACAGCCACAGUGACAUUUCACACAAUCACUAAAAGAUGAAUCUGUGAUUUUUACACAUCAGUGUUCAUAUUUUGAACACGGCUGGGGCUGUAGCUCAGUGGUAGUGCAUCUGCUUUGCAUCCAGAUGGCCCCAGGUUCUAUCUUCAGUUAAAAGGAUCAAAUAAUUCUUUUUGAUCCUGCUACUGCUAGAGUACACAAUACUGACCUUGGGAGACCAAUGCUUGUAGCUUUUCCUAGAUUCAGCUAGGUAUAUGUCACAUGUAUAGACACAAUGAGAAAACACACUUUGGAUUAUUUGUAUACAUGUGUGUAUGCACAAAUGAUGUCAGUGUCCAUAAUAUCAUCUUUCUUGCCUUAUUAUUGUCCCAUCCCAGGUGUUGAACCCAAAUGUAACAAUUGGGUGUUUUCAGUGUCCCAUGCUUGGUUUACCUCCUAUACACAAUUUUCGUAGAAUGGAUCUUUAAGGACUUGCAGUAUGGUUCAUCAGUAUUAUUAGGACUAAUUACUAUAAAGCAUGAAGGGCAUAUAUCCUUCCAGAACAUGGAAGAUGUGCUAUAGGAAGCUAUAACUAGGAAAGGGUAGUACCUGGCAACUUUGAAAAAACAAAACAAAAUAGUGCAUGUCUGGAAAGGCGAAAAUAAUGCAUGCGUUUUAGAGCUGGCCAAACUCUUCCAGGAGUUUGAGAAGAGACACUGUGUCACUGACUUGGCAUCCUUAUCACAAGUGCUAGUUCAAAUGAUGUGUUGUUGCAUGAGGACGUAAAUUGCCAUGUGAUGGCCUUGCUGCAUUAAUCUGCUAUUGCAAAUAAGUUGCCAAGUAAAUUGAGUGCCCAUCAACCAACAUAGUUUUAAUUGUCACUUUAGUUCAGGGGUGGCCAAGCUAUGAUGCUCCAGAUGCUCCUGGCUGAUGCCCCUGGCUGAUGGGAAUUGUAGUCCAUGAACAUCUGUAACACCAUAGGUUGGCCACCUCUACGUAGUUAUUACCAUAGUUCACAUGAAUCUGGCCACUCCAUUACAGCCACCCGGUGGAGGCUUCCAUUUGGAAGCUACUCCAUUUAGCAGCCAUAAUGUGAUGAGCUGCUUACAUUUGUGCGUGGUCUCCAUUACCUUGAGUACUUUUAGACCACUGUCCACAUUUCUAGUGGCAUUUCAGAUGACCCUGUUGACACAGAAAGCUUCGCUUGAUAACAUGCCAUAUUGGUGGUUUAUUGAGUAAGCAAUAUUUUGCUAUGCCUGAGAUAUGGUGCUUUCUUGAAACAUAUGCAGGAUUAGACAUUUUCCUGGGAUGACAUGUGAGCACUAACGUGUCAUUGGAACUCCUGCUGAGGUACUAAAAUUGGAAUCAUUUCAUGAUGCUGGAUUACAGAGGUUUUUUGUUUUUUUAUUUUUAAUAAACAUGUUUUCACUGUUGCACCUUGACCCCCCUUGGUAUGCUGUGGGGUAGUAAUAUCAUGUACCAGGAUUCAAACUCAUCUUUUAUAAGGUAGAUGUAUGAUGGCAACCUGAUAUCCAUCAUUUUCCUCAGGGCAUAACAAACUGUGCCUUUAGAAAAUCCAACUUCUAUGAAGUCUUCUGGUUUCCUGGACAGCUUUUCGCAAUAGUCCUUUCAUCAGAACUCUGUACACUUGGUGCUUUCUCUUAAAUCUUUCUAUGGUGCUUUAUAACAUAUUCUGACAAGGUACUUUCUGGUGUACAUUUUUUGAAAGAUGAUAUGUAAAACAAUCAAGGGCAGUAGUUUGUUUUUUCUAGAAAUUACUUAGCUUUAAAUUUGAAUCUUUCUUAGUUUUGCUGCAUUAUCCUCACAAGAUGAAACAACUGUGGGUUUGAAUGUCCACCUUGCCCUAAACCAAAGGAGACAAAUGUUCUGGCUUCAAAAUAGUCAAAUGUAUUUUCAGUAAAUGUUGAGUUGCCAUAUUGGCCAAGGCUGCUGGCCCUGCCCCACACUCACCUGCUAGAGAAGACUCCAGCAGGGGACAGCCUUGCCCAGGCACUGCUGAGGCAGGCAAGACCAACAAGAGGCUAUGGGUAAAGCAGCAAGGGCAAGGAAAUACACCCACAGCAGCUUCAGAGCCUGGCAGGCCUCAGAUGGAAAGUGAGCCUGAGCCAGCAGGCUGCUCCUGAAAACAGGCCAGAGGAGGAAGCCAGCAGCAGUUAGACCUUUGCAGCUAUCAGAGCUGCCUCUUGAUACCUCAGGGGAGGGCACGGUAUGAGAGGGGAAGUCCAGUGACCUAGAUUCCCCUCCAAUCACUAUGGGCCUCCCUCUGAAAAGAGGGCAUUGCAAGGAGUCCAUGGUCAGUCUAUUCCCAGACAAGCCUUUAUUAGCCCAGCCCAGGGAAGGCCAGAGAAGAAGGGUCAAACCUAUUUCAUGCCCAUCAGGGAAUGGCAGAGAGAGAAAGAGAGAGGAGAAAAGGAGGAAGAGGAAGACCAACCUUAUAGCCCCCAUUCUGUCUUAAUUCUGAGAACCUUCCUGAUGCAUAGCUAGGACAGAAGAACUGGAUGGUGUUGUGGCCCUGGCCUUCCCACAGCACAGCUCCUGGGUAAGGAAGAUCUGGACAUAUAUUUAUUGUCUGUAUUCAGAAUAGUGUCAUCCCAAAUUUUAUAUAGUAAUUCAAUGUUAUGACUUCAUGGUGUAUAUAAAAGAAUGAUAAAUAGAAUGUAACCUUGAAAGAGAGAAAUAUAUACUGAAUUCUAAUAUCAGCCAACAUUGGUCAUACCUUCUCUGAUAUGUGUAACAUUUUUGCAGGGCAUUGGGUACACAUAGAUCCAAAUUCUGAUCUGUUGCCUUAUACAACAGCAGGGCUGGGAAAGACAUCAUAAAGUUUUCAGGGACAAUAUAAACAGUAUAACUUCCUAUAAGGCAUCUGUACACACAAUAAAGUGUUCAUCAUAUAAUCAGCAAAACACUAGGAAAGGUUAAUUUAUGUUGGUUUUUAAAAAUUCAUGAAUUGUCAUUUGUACCUAAAUAUGUGUAACUAGUGAAUCUGACUGCAAGAAAAUCUCUGUGUAAACAUGUUACAUUAAAUAAAUAUGUAACCCUAUCAGCUGUUUUUCCACUCCAAAUCUCCUACCAGCCUGUCUCCCCACCCUGAGAUUCCAGGCACAUAUUUAUCCUUGCUAAAAUAUCUAGAACCCUGAUGGAGAUGAGUAUUUGGAAAAGAAAACAGCUAACAGGGAAUUUUGCAGUUUCUUUUUUACACCAUCACCAUUUGUUGCAUGUAUACAAUUAGCUGCUGUUUGGCCUUCCGAGACAGAGCUUAGUCUUUUGGUUCUGACACUGCAGAAAUAAAUCCAUCUUAGAGAAUGUCCCUGCAUUUUUCAAAGGCACUUGAUUCACCACUGUGCAUGGAGUACUGUGAAGAGAUCUUUAUUGACCACUGUUGAAGACAAAAUGGCAGACAAGAUCAGUGAUUCUCAACCAGUAGUACUCGUAAGUGCAACACAAAAAACAGUCUAGGUGGGUGAUCAUAAUAACUAUUAAGAAUUCUCUCUCCCUCAAUCCCUGUUUCCACUCACAAGUGUGGAAUAUGAUCCCCUGUUGACCUUACAUGCCACUGACUGUCUUUCUGUGACUUGUGCAUGUUAGUAUCAAUAACAAUACCGAUACACAAAAAAAUUUCCUUGGAAAAAGUGGACAUUUUGUGUCAAUUGUGAUAGGUUUUUUGAUGGAAUGGUUGGUGGAAUAUUGGAUACAAAAAGCUGAGAACUACUGGGCUAGAUGGUCUUGUGAUCAGGAUUAUGACCAUGGUUAAAAGAAUGACUACUUCCAUUUAGCCCCCUGCAAUAUCCUUGUACUGAUACUGGCUGGAUUGGAGCCCAAUGUUUGACUAAAAAUAUAAGAUUCCUAAUUUAAGAAUUUCUUUCUGCUGUCAUAGGCAGAGGACAGAAGUUCUGGAAAAAAGACCUAGAGGCAUGAUCUCUUAAAGGGAAUGUAAAAAUAACGAUGCAGUGUAUACAUGCAAGUCAUUAUCUGAUGUUAUUUUUUUUAGAAAUAAUACUGUAAGAACAAUUACCAUUUACCACCACCAAGUUCUUCAGUUCUCAGCCAGAACUGCUGGAUGAGUUGCUUCAAUGUUCAAAAUGUUCUGAUGUGAUGAUAUUUCCAAGGCCACUCAACCUGAAAUGAAUAUUUCACACACAUGAGUCUAAAAGAAAACAUGGCUAAAAAAAAUAAUUGUCAUUAAGCAAUCUCUGUGCAGCUGAUCUCUCAAACACCCACCAACUUUAAAGGUUCCUUCACAUUAUCUGUUGUACGCACUUAAAUAAUAUUUCAUAAGCAUGAAUCCUGUGUUCCUUUCAGUACAUUUCGCAUAAGGAUACUUUUCAAAGACAGCUGGCUUGUCUCUUGCUGUUCACUUCCAACCAUAAUAAACUGUUUUACUGACUGGUA